UGCUGCUUCUCGGUGGCGGCAGAGCAGAUCCUUUUGUUUAGACGCGCCACAUUCCCAGAACCGAACCGGAUCACGUGAAGCGGGAGAGCGGCUGGAGGCAGUGCAGCGCGCUAGUAACGGUUUCUUUGUCCGUUGGGUCACAUUUCCGCACCACUGGAGGCUUUUUCUAGCGACAGGCCUGAGAGCCCGGGCAGCGACCCGCCGCACUCCCGCCCGACUCCUACACUGAUCCAGCAAACCGAAAAGCUGGCAGCUUCUGUGGGAAAAAAGCAAAACAAAAAAAAGAUGGAAGAAGUUGAUGAAGAGGAGGAAGAAUACGUGGUGGAAAAGGUUCUAGACAGGAGGGUGGUUAAAGGAAAGAUUGAAUAUCUCCUGAAAUGGAAAGGAUUCUCUGAUGAGGACAACACUUGGGAGCCAGAAGAGAACCUGGACUGUCCUGAUCUGAUUGCAGAGUUCCUACAGUCACAGAAAUCUGCACACGAGUCCGACAGAUCGGAUGGAAAACGCAAAGCAGAUUCUGACAAUGAACUUGUGGGUGAAGAGAGUAAGCCCAAAAAAAAGAAAGAUGAGGUUGAGAAGCCUCGUGGAUUUGCUCGAGGUUUAGAUCCAGAAAGGAUUAUUGGAGCCACAGACUCAAGUGGAGAGUUAAUGUUCUUAAUGAAAUGGAAAAAUUCAGAUGAAGCGGAUCUUGUCCCAGCAAAGGAAGCCAAUGUGAAGUGUCCCCAAGUGGUGAUUUCAUUCUAUGAGGAACGGCUGACGUGGCAUUCCUACCCAACAGAGGAUGAUGAUAAAAAGGAUGACAAGAACUAAAGGCCGCAUAAAGCUGUUUUUAGUAACAGUGGAUGGUGGGUCCUACAGGGGAGGGGGUGGGAGGACAGCUACAGGAUCCAGUCUUUCUUGCAGCCAAAAAAAGGUGUUUUAUAUGUAAAGCCUAGGAGACACUGCACCCUUAUAUGCCCCUGCUCCCUCGCUUCAUCUUCCCCACUAGUGUUACAAACUCUACAUUUUUACUAAGUAGCAUGUAUUGUUUGGCUAUUAGUGAUUAGAGAUGAGCGAAUUUCAUAUUUGAAAAUUCGUUCACGCUUCAUUUGUUAAAAGCAGAAUUGCGUUAUGGAUUCCCUCAUAAUAGAAGUCUAUGGGCUGCAAAACGGAUCCGUCCCGUUUCCCUUAUGCAGGGGAGUCCUCUACUGAUCCUAAGUCCUCUCCUGCAAAAUGGAAACGGGACAGAUCCGUUAUGCAAGCCAUAGACUUCUAUUAUGACGGAAUGCCUCUAAAGGCAUUCUUUCAUAGAACUGCGUUAUGGUCUCUGGUAACGGAAUCCAUAACGCAAUUCUGCUUUUACCACAAAACAAAGUGUGAACGAAUUUCAUAACGUGAAAUACGCUCCUCUCUAUUAGUGAUGUCAAAAAGACAUGGGUUUACUCUGGGUGGGUGGGGGAGAACGUCAAAAAGAAAAAUGUUAAAUUUUUUUUAAAAUUUUUUACUCUGAACAAAGAAAGGAGAACCUGUCACCAAAAGACUGAGAUGAUGCAUUGUGUUACUGUCACCCGUUCAGUGUUUGGCUGCUGUCUGAGGGCAUCAACUUUGCCACCGUUCAGGCAGCUGCAAGGACCCUACAAGACAGACAUGCUACCUAAUAGAUGGGGACCUUAACGCGUUCCUGCAUCUGUUUUGAUCGGCGGUCCAUUUUCAAAGGAUGGUAUUGGCAAAUUGUGAAUUUUUAGGCAGUUACUUUGCAAUGGUGCUGUUCAUUUUCUUUUCUCUUUUAACUUCUCAAGCAGGAAGUCUUAGGUAGCCGGUGUCAUGAAGAUAGUGGUUAUAUAGGAGCUUCCCUGCUGUUUUAUUGUAUAAACAUGUCUUUGUAGUUUGUGUUUUUAUUUUUUUUCCUUUCUACAAUAGCAUGUAUUUUAGAAUCUGUGAACACUUAUCAUAUGGAAAGUAAAUCUUAGACAGCAUUUUGUCACUCAUCCUAAUAAAACUUUUAGAUUUAUAAAAUACUCAUCUCAUACCACUG